UAGAUUAAUAGUAAAACCAAAGGAAAAAGAAAAAUUUCCUGUUUGUUUGAGACUACAAAAAGCAAUUAAUAAACACUGUACAGUGGUCUCUGGUCAGUAAUUAUCCCAAACACAUCCUUACUUUAACCGUUUCGCCUUACCUCCGUCAAGAAGCCAGCACCAGAUACCAACACAUAUACGCAACACGACUACAAAAGGACUUCUUCGGAAAGAAAACACACAUUGUAAUCUUGGAUCGAUCAAAAGCAAUGGCCGGAGUAUCUUUAAAGUGCGGAGAUUGUGGGGCCCUCUUGAAGUCCGUUCAAGAGGCUCAAGAGCAUGCGGAGCUGACCUCUCACUCUAAUUUCUCUGAAUCGACGGAGGCUGUCCUCAAUCUUGUUUGCACUACUUGUGGCAAACCUUGCCGAUCUAAAACAGAAAGUGAUCUUCACACAAAGAGAACUGGGCAUACUGAGUUUGUAGAUAAGACUUCUGAGGCAGCAAAACCAAUCAGUUUAGAGGUUCCAAAAGCACCGAUGGACGUGGAUGAGCCUGUUAAUGCGAGCACCAGUAGCCAGCCUGAAGAAAUGGUUGCUCCAGUGGUUGACCAAAAGCUUCUUGAGGAACUGGAAGAAAUGGGUUUCCCAAAGGCAAGGGCAACACGGGCUCUUCAUUAUUCCGGUAAUGCCAGUCUUGAAACUGCUGUUAAUUGGAUUGUUGAGCAUGAGAAUGAUGCAGACAUAGAUGAAAUGCCCCUGGUACCUGCUAACAGCAAUGUUGAGGCUCCUAAACCUUCACUUACACCUGAAGAAAUGAAGCUCAAAGCUCAAGACCUAAAAGAGCGUGCUCGCAAGAAGAAAGAAGAGGAAGAAAAGAGAACGGAAAGAGAAAGGGAAAAGGAAAGAAUUCGUAUUGGCAAGGAACUCCUAGAAGCAAAACGAAUUGAGGAAGAAAAUGAAAGAAAACGUUUGCUAGCUUUGCGGAAGGCAGAGAAAGAGGAAGAGAGGAGGGCUAGGGAAAAAAUUAGACAAAAGUUGGAAGAAGACAAGGCAGAAAGAAGAAGGAAGCUAGGAUUGCCACCGGAAGAUCCUGCAACAACAAAACCAUCUACCCCUGUAGUGGAGGAGAAAAAGAGCUCCUUGCCCGUUAGGCCUGCGACAAAGGCAGAGCAAAUGAGAGAGUGCUUGCGAACUCUUAAGCAGACUCACAAGGAUGAUGAUGCUAAAGUGAAAAGAGCAUUCCAGACUCUCCUAACUUACAUAGGAAAUGUUGCUAAAAAUCCUAAUGAGGAGAAGUACAGAAAGAUUAGGGUCAACAACCAAACCUUUCAGGAUAGAGUUGGUUCAUUGAAAGGGGGUGUCGAGUUGCUGGAGCUUUGUGGAUUUGAGAAAAUUGAAGGGGGGGAGUUCCUUUUCUUACAUAGGGACAAGGUUGAAAUGGCGCUGCUGAAUUCGGCUGGAUCUGAGCUGAACUCUGCCAUUAACAAUCCAUUUUUUGGUGUUCUUUAAAUGAAAAUAACGUCUAUGUACUGUAUAAUGUUCUUUCCAGAAAAGUAUCAAGGCAUUUUCAAGAGUUAUGCAAUUCAGCCCUUUUACAUGUUGAUUGAAUUGCAAAUUAUGUUUGGCAAAAAUGAGGGCAUAACUACUGAACUUGAUGCCUUGAUCUUAUCAGAACCACCUUAUUUGCAAUCAAGUACUUAACAUUUUCUUUC